AUGGCCAAGACCCUCCGAAACUUCGUUUCCCACUACACCAUUCUCUUGACUCUUCUCUUCCUCUUAACCCUUGUCGGUGCCGGCGACCGUCACUUCUCGAGGCCCUUGUCUCGAGCCAAACACGGUCUAAAGAAAGAGAAACUGAGCCAUGUACAUUUCUACUUCCACGACAUAGUCAGCGGUCGCAGCCCGACAGCCAUUAGGGUCGCCGAGGCUCCCACGACCCAAAACUCCUCCACAGCUUUCGGUGCGGUGGUGAUGAUUGACGACCCCUUGACUGCCGGACCGGAGCUGGGAUCCAAGCUAGUCGGAAAGGCACAAGGCAUUUAUGCUUCUGCCUCGCAAACCGAGCUAGGGUUUUUGAUGGUGCUGAACUUUGCUUUUAUGGAAGGCAAGUAUAAUGGGAGUUAUCUGAGCGUGUUGGGAAGGAACACAGUGUUCUCCGCCGUGAGGGAGAUGCCGAUAGUCGGCGGGAGCGGCCUUUUCCGGUUUGCUAGGGGUUAUGCUCGUGCUAAGACUCACAAGGUUGAUUUUAACACUGGGGAUGCUGUUGUGGAGUAUAAUGUAUACGUUCUCCAUUAUUGAUCUUCUCUGUUGGUUAGUUUUUAAUUAAUUUACUUUCAUAUUAUAGCUUUAUAAUAAAGAGAGAUGCAUGUUUGAGAUGUAAAAGAAAAAAAUGAGUCAGAUCUGAAAAUGGGGGAUUGAUAUUGUCUCCCUCAAAUGUACGUUUGUUUCACUAAGUAAACAUUUACCGGCGAUCUUGAAUGUAU